AUGGAGUCCUCACAACUGAGCUCGGCCCGCGGCCGGCCACCACCAUCCCCCUACAGCAGCUACGGCGGCUUCCAACUCCCGUCAUCCUCUUCCUCAGAUAGCGGCGCCGGCGCCGGCGGUGGUGGGGGGGCCUAUCGCAACAACGGUUUGGGCAUUGGUGUUGGUAUCGGUGACGACGACGACGACUUUGGCGACGACGACGACCUCGACCUGCCCUUCCCCACGGCGCUCUCGCGCAAGGACUUUUUGACGCCCGCGUUCGACGCCACGGCCUACCUCUCCUCCCUCUUCCGGUCGGGCGACGACGGCACAUCGGCCCAGCUGCGCCACCAGACGCUCGAAGACCUGCGGGCGGAACUGCGCGAGCGCAGCAGCGCAAUCAGUGCGGAGCUGCUCGAGCUGGUGAAUGCCAACUACACGAGCUUUUUGGGGCUGGGCGACGAGCUCAAAGGCGGCGACGAGAAGGUCGAGGACGUGCGGGUGGCCCUGUUUGGAUUCCGACGGUCCGUCGAGGACGUGCAGGCGCGCGUACGGGAGCGGCGCGUGGCCGUGGGCGCUGCGUGCCAGGAGCUGGGCCAGGUGCGGACCGCCAUCGACACGGGGCGGCGGCUGCUGGAGCUCGACGAGCGGGUGGCCCAGCUGGAAGAGCGGCUGUCGAUUGGCGAGAACGGCGCACACCCGACGGCCGAAACACAAAACGACGACGGCCUCGACUUUGCAGACAUGGACGACGACGAUGAAGAAGACGAAGACGAGGAAGAAGAAGAAGAAGAGAAAGAGGCAAGGGCAGGAACAGGGGCUGGGGCGGGGGGCGUUCGGGGGACGGAAAACGAAAAUGCAGACGACGAAAUAACGCCCGCUUUCGUGGCCAGCGGGCCGAGGAAACUGGGCGCGCUGGCCCGCGACCUGCUGCUGGCCACACGGCUGGCUGACAGCCUGGGACACCAGCUGCCGUUUGUCAAGAAGAUGGACGAGCGGCUGGACAAGUGUGAGAGCACGCUGAUACUGGAUCUCAAUGCAGCCGUCAAGGAGGCACGGUCGAUCUCGAGGAGCAAGAACAAGGCAGCACAAGCGCGGUUGCUGAAACUUCUGGCCAUCUACCGGGUGCUGGACCGGGAAGACGAGGCUGUGCGUGUUUUGAAGGAGAGGUAG